CUUCUUUUCAUUCCUUGAACCCUCACCAGAUCUGUUCACAUUCUCUUCCCAUCUUCACCCACCACCAUCACUACCUUCACUUGCUUCUUAGCAGAUUCGACAACUCCUCAUUUCGGCUCUAUUUCAUCGUCUUCUGUCUUUCCGCCAGCUUAUUCUAACUACCGUCUUCAUUCUGGAUUCGCUUCUUUAUUGACAAUCCGGGUCUCAACACGGCUCGACACGCCUUCAAUCUUUGAAUUACGCCUUCAACUCAAAAGCAAAGUCCUCAUCUUUUAAAUCCCAUGCUUUCGGUCUAAAUAGCGUGGGGUCUGCUAUAUUGAAUAUAUUGUUUUACGCCUUCCCCAAGCGACACGCCCUCUACACAUACGCACUUCCCACUCCAAAGACACCAAAGCCACCAUCACUCUUCACGGCUCAUCUCAACGACGCCAAAUCUAUUCUGCUCUUUCAAAGAGACCACGCCUCCAUCCCAAAGACAUCACUUUUCUUAUCAUAUUGAUACCCGCGAACACAUUCAACCUCACUCGACAGUUCCUGUUCAUUUUCUACCUGGACCUGGUAGAGUCCAUCGUCGAACAUUGUCCGGUUCCCUCUCCAAUACUACCAACCUGGAACUCGGCGCACCAAUCUCAGCAGCUCACAGUGACCUCACCCAAGAUCAACAUGUGGCUUGAAAGAGCCCGAGGUGAAUUGACAAGGAGCGAACUUGUCGAACUUCUUACGGCUAUCGGAAAGCAUCUUGCCGAUCAUAGAGAGCAACCGGGAAUCCACACACUGUUGGAGGGCGCCUCACCCCGGACAGACAAGAACACCGACCUUGCCUCCCUUCUCUGUAUGCUGUGUUUGGAAAUCGGGAAAACUAACCCCUUCAAGUAUAAAGCCGAUCUUGUCACACAUUUGCUCAAUUUUCACCUCAAGAACCACUGUCAGUGGGAGUGCCCCCAGAGCGGCUGCGGCAAGCCGUUUGACUCCACUCAUGGGAUGAAAGAACAUCUGAAGGAGGCUGGCCAUGAAACGAUUCACUGUGGGAAACUGGAAGACUUACUGGAAGACUUACUGGAAGACUGCAAAACUGCAUUAUGCCCACAGGUAGUCUUUGCAUGUGGUGCAAAGGUUUGCAGGGAGGUCUUUAUAGUAUCCGACCCCUCCGAACCUGCAAGAAUUGCUGCAACCGCUAAAGACUACUGCAAGCACAUCGCCAACCACAUCGUCGUAGUGGCCUUUUUCGAAUCGUUUCCGGAAUCUGAUGCGCCAAGAUGGUGUGAUGAGGCCUUCACGGCUCGGGGCAACAACGUGGAACACUUCAAUUGGCAGCCGCAUACCUCAUUCGUGUUGAGGAAGGUGUUGGAGACUCGCCAUUUCAAUGCUCAGGAUAUUGAACUUUACUCGCAGGCCUCUGAGACCCCGACUGGAGUGGCUUCACUACCGGCAUCCAGUCAUGUUGAGUUUGUGGCUGCUCAAAAUGAGAUGGGCCGAUCGCUUACAGGCAUCAAGGGCAAUCUAGAAGGCUAUCCUCUGGGCGUUAGUGCCAGCUUUGUUUCUGGCCAGACCGCGGUUCCCGCUGGACAUGGUCAACUGUACAUCAACUAUCCCCCAACCUCCCAGCAGCCUUCUACAACUCGGCCGACUUCCUUGAUGGGUGACAUGCAUACACCUCAUGAGCCACUAUUUGGGAUCGACGACCCUCUUAAUGGCCUUCCCCUGGCCGGCACGGGCAGCUUAUUUUCUGCCGGUCAAACUGCUGGUGCGUUUGGAAUGCGCAACAACGAUCCCUCGGCCUCCCAGCAGGCUUAUACAUCUCGGCCGGAUCUAGUGGUGGAUGAAUAUGAUGCAUCCCAUGAAGUGGAUCAAGAGGACACUCCAGUUUGGACAAGGAACACCUACGACCACUGA